UUGAUGCUUCUCCUCUUUCCGCCAUCGGUCCGAGCGGCCAUAAUGGUGCGCAUGAAUGUCCUGGCUGAUGCCCUGAAGAGGAUCAACAACGCCAAAAAGAGAGGCAAGCGCCAGGUUCUCACCAGGCCGCGCUCCAAAGCCAUCGUCCGGUUUCUGACUGUGAUGAUGAAGCAUGGUUACAUUGGCGAAUCUGAAAUUAUUGAUGACCACAGAGCUGGGAAAAUUGUUGCGAACCUCACAGGCAGGUUGAACAAGUGUGGAGUAAUCAGCCCCAGAUUUGAUGUGCAACUAAAAGAUCUAGAAAAAUGGCAGAACAACUUGCUUCCGUCCCGUCAAUUUGGUUUCAUUGUGCUGACAACCUCAGCGGGCAUCAUGGAGCAUGAAGAAGCAAGACGAAAACACACGGGAGGGAAAAUCCUGGGGUUCUUUUUCUAGGGAUGUGAUACAUAUGUGGAAAUAAAAUGCCUCAAAGGACAAAAAAAAAAA